AUGACAGUCACCGCCCCCACACGCGCCCACGACGAGCACCAGUACUUGAACCUCAUCCGCGAUGUCCUCAAUACCGGCGACACGCGCCCAGACCGUACUGGCACCGGCACCAUCUCCCUCUUCGCCCCUCCAAAUCUCCGCUUCUCUCUCGCGGACUCUACCCUUCCCCUCCUCACGACAAAGCGCACAUUCUUGAAAGGCAUCGUCGAGGAGCUGCUUUGGUUUGUUCAGGGAUGCACCGACGCGAAGAAGCUGUCCGCGAGGGGCGUCAAGAUCUGGGACGGGAACGGCUCCAAGGACUUCCUCGAGAAGCGUGGGCUGGGACACCGACGCGAGGGCGACCUCGGGCCUGUGUAUGGCUUUCAGUGGCGGCACUUUGGCGCGCCCUACGAAGACUGCGACGCGGACUACACCGGCAAGGGCGUCGACCAGCUGCAGGAGUGCAUCCGCAAGAUCAAGCACGACCCCACCGACCGCCGCAUCAUCCUCAGCGCGUGGAACCCCGCAGACAUCCCGCAGAUGGCGUUGCCCCCGUGCCACAUGAUGUGCCAGUUCUACGUCCACCUCCCGCCCGCGAACGACCCCACGGCCAAGCCGCGGCUGUCGUGCCUCAUGUUCCAGCGCUCGGCCGACCUCGGGCUCGGGAUCCCGUUCAACAUCGCGUCCUACGCCCUCCUCACGCACAUGGUCGCGCACGUCACCGGCACCGAGGCGCACGAGCUCGUCAUCCAGCUCGGUGAUGCGCACGUCUACCGCGACCACGUCGACGCGCUCCGCACGCAGCUCGAGCGCGAGCCGCGUCCGUUCCCGAAGCUGCGCUGGCCGCGCGCGGUGGAGAGCAUCGACGACUUCAAGAGCGAGGACAUCGUUGUCGAGGGGUACGAUCCGCACCCGACGAUCGCGAUGAAGAUGAGCGUGUAG